UUUUUUGUCUCUUUCUUCGCGUUAUGUUUUUUUGUCUCUCUCGUUUUGUUCUCUUUUUCCCCAUUUUGUUCCAAUUAUGGACAGCGAAUAAAAAUCUCGUAACUUGAGUGGUUUCUUUUCGCGUCUGUAUUAUUUAGUUGCGAGCCUAAAUUUUGGUGACGUGUGGACAAUGCGCGCUUUAACUUGAAACGUUACUUAUCGCGUUGUAUUGUGCUCCGCGCUGUUUUCAUUUUUCACGCGGCUUUUCGGGAAAAUAAUGACGUAAUCGCGCGAAAAACGAUGAAAGAUAAACGCGGGCCUCGGACGCUCACUCAAUUAAGUUCAAAUUUCGUGUUCACAUUGGAGAGGAAAUUUUAUUGGUCCUCCCCCUAUUAACUAAUAUGGCGCAGGCCGAAAAGGAAAAACGCCGCAGCUGCAAAUUCAUACCCGAAUGGAUGUCUAGAGAGGAAUUUUCAUCCUGGCUCAUUUCCGUGGACUAUGAUAAACAUAAGGCUUAUUGUCUUUUGUGUAAAAAGUUAUUUCCUGUGAGCCAUGGCGGUCUCCAUGACGUAAAAGCCCAUGCUAAGGGGAAACGGCACAUUAUACUACAACAGCAACACCAACAAUCACAACUCCAACUGGAUCGCCCGAAUUUUAUCGAUAUCACACCAUUUUCGAAUUUGUGCACCGAGAGAAGUUCGAAGGAAAUAGAAUUAGUGGGAGACUCUCCAACGGAGGAACGUAGCAAUAAAAGCUGGUCGAAAAGUGAACCAGAACAGAGCCGCUCUCCAGGAGCCGGUGGUGGUGAGCAAAACCAAGGCAGCGCAAUGGCGGGCCUGGAGCUCUACUGUCUGCGCUGGAAGUACCACCACUCGAAUCUCCAGACCAUGUUUUCACAGCUGCUCGAGCGUGAGAGUUUCUGCGAUGUUACACUGGCCUGCGAGGGGAAAACAUUGCGAGCGCAUAAGGUCAUGUUAUCUGCUUGCAGCACGUACUUUGAUCACAUAUUCUCACAACACGAAGAGAACAACCCUAUUGUAAUUUUAAAAGACGUUAAGUUCGCUGAUAUCAAAGCUUUGGUGCAUUUCAUGUAUAAAGGAGAAAUCAAUGUCGAAAAUUCUAAUCUAUCAUCAUUACUCAAAACUGCGGAAGAGCUGCGUAUCAAAGGUCUAGCCGAGGUUUCGUGGCGAGAAAUGUCAGAAGACGAGCCAGCAACGAAAAAACCGAGAGUCGAAAGGACAGAGAACUCACAGGCGCAGCACCAAUCAUCACAACAGUCAAGCCAGCAACAGGAGCAAGGAUCAGGACGGCAAUCAUCACAUUUUAGUCCCAAAGUAACGUCCGUUUCGGGCAAUGUGACCGACUUUAAGACUGAACCUAAUAAAGAUGAAAAUGGUGACGGAGACUCAGAAUCGGAGUCGCAAAACUGGGAAUCAAAUCCAAAAGGAGAAGACCAUUACGGAGAUGAUGACGAACAUUUGCCACAUGAACCUGAAAUGGAUUUAGAUGAAUCAAGUCACUUGCCUCACAUGGAAUCGUACUCAAGUCUAGCAGAAGAGGAUCCACCUGGCGGAGAAUCAACGCACCAGUCCUCAGUAGCACCAGAUCUUAGCGGAUACUCAGAUGUAAUUAAGAUGAACGACUAUAUCGAAUCCGGGGGAAGGCGACCUCACUUCUGGGAGGAGCCUUGGACCAAGAGAGUAAUGGAAGCAAUAAAGAACAAGGAAUUAGAAAUGAAAGUUGCCGCAGAGCUGAUGGGAGUUUCCUACGGUACACUUUAUGGAAGAUAUCGAGAUGCCUACGGCUGCCUUAAACAUCCUUACAGGCUAGAGGUCCUGUCAGGGAAAGAACCACCCUCCCGUCUGUUGUACGGCAGUUUCCCUAGAGUUAGAGAAUUCUGGGCUGAGCAGGGUCCUGCGGAGGUGUUAGCAAAAUUGCAACGCAAGGAGAUCACACUGUUCCGAGCGGCGGAGAUGCUGAAUGUGACUGUGACGACACUGGCCAACUACUUAUCUACGCUGCGUCCAUCUGGCGAGGUGCAGCCUGACCUGGAGGAAGAAGCCUAUGAUGACCGGAUAGCAGACUCACGGCAAGAGCUUCACAGCUCCGAUCUCCUCAUCCUCUCUAAUGGCACUGGGGCAGAGCACUGAAAAUUGGCCCGACGGCGGUGGCUGGUUAAGUCGCUUUUUCGGAGGUAGUGCUGCUCCCGUCCGCCGUCGUUAACUGUGAAGCCCAAUAGCUGCUGUUUCGCCCUCUGAGGUGGCAUCAGCAAUCUUCUCCAAAGAUACACCAAUAGACAGGGCCUAGUUUCAUUUAUUGCACUAUGAUGGAAUCACUUUGAUUGGGUGAGAGGCUAGCUCACAGGAAGCAAAUCUGAGGCGGCUAGGCUAAUUAGCUCAACUCGUAUCAAGUUUUGCGCAAUUUUGCCUUCAACCCUUUGAAAUAUGCUUGCUUCCUCAGUCCUUCCAUUAAAGUAGGAGGCAGAAGCUCUGAGAAUCAGGAAUGACCAAAACUUUUGAGACGACUCUGAUUUUUUUGAAAGAUUUUUCAACAGAGCCAAUAGAAGUACCUAGCUCUAGCAUGAUGUGGAUUUUUCCAAAAAUCAAAAGAAUCUUUUCGUGGCGAAACUUCAAGCCGCCUCAGAAAAUGGGAACACCGACCUUUCAAGCAAGUUUUGUUGGAAUGAUGUACUGUGUCUCAGAUGAACUUCUUGUCAAAUGCCAGUAACGUCCAAAAACAAGGGAGCUUUAAUUUUAUUAUUCAAAAACAUAAUCUAAAGCCCUCCAAAUCACCAUAUUUUGUCUGUUGAAAGACAAAAAAUAUUCAGUCCUGCUCUAAUAUUGCAAUUUCUUGAUAUGAUAAAAUGAAGCAGGAAAAAAAAAUUGAAAUUGGUUCCAAAAAUAAUUUUUACCAUCUAUGUGGAACGAAGAAUCAUACAUUUCCUGGCACCCUCUUUUCUCAUAUUUUUGUUUCUUUGAAUUAUGCCAGGUGUCUAUUCCCAUUAAUUAUUUGCACGUGUGUAGCUACUUUCUUAUCCUUUCAUUGGUCGAUGUCCUUUAUCAGUGAUCAAAAAGCAUUUCGGGUCAAAUAAAAAAGGCUGCUGCUUAACAUCACAAAACUUCAUAGGUAAAACUGUUUUAUUGCCUCAACAGAGUAAGCGGAGGCAAUUCCUUAUCGUUUAUUAGUGAAGGGAGAGGUGAUAUUUUUUAUUUGUUGUCUGAAAACUUGUUGACUGGUCUUACAAAAGUGCACCCUUGAAGUUUUUCCAUUUAUUUUUAAAUGAACCCUGCAUCAGAUAAAGAAUAUGUUUUUAUUUCCUAGCGUCUUAGAGGAAUUGUGAACGUUUACCAAAAACUAUUUACUUUCAAAUUAAGUGCAAAUUCAAACCACCAAACUUGUUUUAUUUUAUUUAUUUUUUUUUUUUGUUCACGGAGAAAUGACAUUUUGUGUUUUCAGUGUAUUUUACUCCUUUAGUUCUUAAGAAACUGAACUGUGACUUUUCCUCUCACUGGAUUCCACCCGCUGAUAUCACCAAAGUUCAGAUUAUCCUUACUCUUGUAAUUAUUGACUGAUUAAAUCAGUACUCUGACUCGAGUCUUGAGUCGUUUCUUCUGCUGCGAGCUGCAUUUUCCUAGUUUUGAAUAAUCGCCGCCUGGCGUAACAAACUCAGAGACUUUCGCCUGAAAACCUCCAGGGCCCUGGUGAAGGAGCAACACUUGUAGAGACCAAGUUCUUCAAGAGGUUCAUGGAGCAGCUAUCUCUGAUUUGCGCAGAUUCUGGGAAAAUGUGGUUUUGCUAAAAUAUCUUUGGUCUGGGGUCCUGUGUUUUCUUUUUACCUUGGUUCUUCUGUUCUUUGAAAUGAAAUGACUUUUCAAUUGCCUUAAAAAGACAAUUGUAGUUGGAGAAGUUUAGACUAUUUGCUUUUGUGUAUCUUUUUGAAUCUAAAAGAUUUUAACUAGUUACUUUGUACACAUUUACGCAUGCACUUAUCACUCGUAAGUUUAUAGGGAGUGCUUUUUCUUUUAUUUUAUGAAAAACACGAGAGUUUUGUAAAUUGAUUACUGUAACUGUUGCAAGAAAACAUUUUAUUUUGGUUGUCAGUCAUUUUUGGGAAGAGAUGUAAGGCUACCUUCACUCAGAAAAAAUUUCUCCGAAGCCUUUAAAAUCGUAAAGGAGUAACCUAUGAAUCGCUUACUUUUUCCAAUGGUUCAUAACAAUUAAAUUUCAAUUGGCUCAGUGGCACCGUUUUUUUAAAAAAAAUCAUUUUCUGAAAGUACGGGGUGAACCAAGCCUCUAGGAUUUUUUAAACUUUAAAUGGCAAUGAAACCCUGUUUCAAAAAUGCCAAAACUGGGACCUUUUUGAAAUGAUAAUUUAAGCGGGCUCUGAUGACUUAGCCAGGCGGGGAAACGGGGUUUGCUGAUUGGCUGAACUCGGCUUCAGGCACCGCCUUACUACAUCAACAUGAAUUCAAAUUAGUCAGAAUUUGAUCAGCUUAUUCUCUCCAUAGAAAUGAUUUUUUGAAUUUUCCAAUGAUUCCUUUGGGUUUUUCACAAAAUUUAACACGGGAGAAACCAUUCAACAACCCUGCAAAAAUUUCUUGCCACUGCCCUAUUGCAUCGAAGUGCCAGCAGCCAGCUUUUUGAAAGUUAACGUUCUCUUAUAUGUAGAAGCACCUUCUCUCAUGAAUUAGUUGUCCCAUCAAAAACUCAAUUUUCAAAAACCCUGGUUUACGCCUUUUUAAAAAAACUUUAAAAUUCACUCAGCUUUUUUAAUGUGAGGACUGAAACUCAAUCAUUGUGGUUUAUUUUUUUUUCUUUUUUAUAGUUUUUAUCAAUUUUAUUAAUGGCUUUACAUCACUGAUUCCCUUCACUGAAUCUUUCAUAUUCUUGGACAAUGAUUUCUGACUUGCCUAAUGUAGUUUCAAUCAUUUGCUAAGUAGAUACUGUAGCGAUAAUUUUUCUCGUGAUGAUGUAGGAAAUAAUUUGUAUCUGGACAAGUUCAGUUGUUGUAAAAUUCCUCAAACAAUGAACAAUUGAUCAAAAUUUCAAGAGAUUGUAAAAACUGACCGUAGAUUUUUUUUUUUUUACAGAGAAGGUUUUAUUUCUUUAGACAUAAAUGGAGGUUAGAGGCCUGCAAUUCAGAAAAGUGCAAUUUUUUUCUUCUAUUUUAAGCUUUUAAGUUUUUAGUCAAAGUUAAUAUAAAUUUCUUUUCAAAAUUCGUUUGAUCUCCCUGAAAAUGAUUGAACAUCCGCAGUUGAAAAGAUUAGAAAUUCAUGCCGUUGCGAAAUCUCAAUCUGAAUGUGUGUUCUUUAUGCUAAGUUGCAUCAUUUGCACCAUCAAAUUUUCUUGAAGACUUAGCAUAACUCAGAUGUUGUAUCUCAGUUUAGUCGGUAGCUUUCGUUUCCUUUGAUUUGAUAGCUGCAGCAAGCUCCAUCAAUAUGCUGCUUUUAACCAAUUUUGAAAAUUGAACAUCUAAGUCUCGUUAUCUGCUUUUAUUUGAAGCAGCCGCACUCUGGAACCCUGCAGCAUAUUGUAUUUAAAAAUAUAACCAUUGUAUUAUACAGCUCAGUAGCUGAGGAAGGUAUAAUUUGAUGGUGUGAUGGUGUCUAGUUGAAAAAAUUGUUGCUAAGUCAAGAUGAAAUCUGUAAAACAGAACCCUCGGACAAAAUAACUACUUCGUAUUGUUAAGUUUAGCAAAUGAAGAAAACUAUUUAUUUGUAAUCAUAGUUUGUGCCAAGGCAAAUAAAGAUUUCCUGAUUUUUUUUUCUUCUUUUUUUUUCAUCUGGUAAUUUUUAGUUGCCGGGCCACAUUGUCCAUUUUAUGCUUGUUAUAUCGUUAGGAAGUAUGGAAGCUGGCGUGUCAGUAUUGUGGUUUUUUUUUCUCCCCCCUCAAAAAGUAAUGUAUUUUAAUUCUGUAAAUAGCACCCCACUAGUAGAUCAAUGUCUGAUGCUCGUCAGUCUGUACAUUUAAUUAAUUAUUAAUUAAUUAAUUAUUUUAUCGUAGCCUUUUUUAAACUAUGCUUAGGUCUGUAUAGUAUAUUCCAACUGCAUCUGAACUGCACAUAUCCUUAGUUUUGGUUUAGGAGUAGAGUGGAAAAAAACAGAAACUCUCGUCUACUUUGCUGAAAGUUCUAUCUUUUUCUAAUUUUAUAAUUAAAUAUUUCCUUAUGAAUAGAAAAAAGUUGAUUUGUCGCAAACAGUGCUCAAUAUUUUUGCAUAAAAAUGUUUUCAGGGUGUCAACAGGGUCGGGAGAAAGAUCAGGGAGAGUAAUUUUAUUGGAAAAUAUCCGUCGAAAUAGAGGAAUCUCUUUUUGGAGACAGAAAUAUUUUCCUCUGCUUGAUUUCUCUCCAUUUUUCAAAUUUGUAUGUCUGUUGGAAUAGAAACGUUAUCAGACGUUGAUUAAUUUGAAGAGGGAACAAACUGAGUGCUUUGAGUUGUCUAUGUAAGUAAUAGUAACAUCGUUCAGCUUUCAAAGCAUAGGAAUUUGCACACCUAAGCCUGUAGACACUCUGAGAAUAUUGCAUUCCAGUGUGCUUGCCCCUGAGUACCAAAAAUAGACCAUCCGUCUUACUGACAACUUGUAAAUCAAAGUUACAUGGACAUAUUUAUACAAAGUAGUCUAUCUACAUCAUUUAUAAUAGAGUUAGGCCGCUUUUUUAUAAUUAUGACUGUUUAGAUUUUUGAACAGCUAGACCUAACUCUGUUGAAAUAUUGAUGAUUCUUCUUGAAAAUUUAAAAAAGCACUUAAGAAAGGUCGAUUUCUCUCUUUUCAGAUAAUAUCAAAAUUGAUACCGUACUUACUUGUUUAUUAUGUGUAUUACGCGCGAGUAAAUACGGUAUCAAAGAAUCAUUGUCUAUUUCACUGCAAGCAACUGUCAUCUCUACAAAGUAUUUUUAUGAAUCAACUUUUCAUAGACAGUGCAAAAAAAAUUAAGUACAAUGCACGACAGACUUUUUUCUUUUUUUUUCAUUAAGUUGUUUCGAUUUUUAUCUUGCAUUUUUAAAUGAUAGUGUUCUUAUCAAGACUUAAGACAUCCUGGGUUUGAUCAGGCAAUCAGCUAGAGCCUUGCCUGAUUCGUUCUGAUAGUUACCUAAUUGACUGAUCCUGUAGAAUUACUGAUUUGAGUUUAGCAAUUUCCUGAUCCACGAGAGCGACUCAUACUUUGCAAAACACCUCGUCUCAUGUCUCACUCAUGCACUGCUUUUUGUACAUACUCCUGCAUCACUGAAGCGGAGGCUCGCAACCCUUGUUCCAAAACAAAUGUACAUAUAUAUUUUACUACAUGCAAACAUUCAUACUUAAUACAUUUAUAUUUUUUUUAUUUAUUUAUUUCCCUCUGUGUUUCUUGUCUAUUAUAUAGAUUUAAAGCCUUCUAUGCACAGCUUGAGUAGAGCUGCAAGAUGCAACAUGACGAAGAAUUACUGUAGGCCUUUUUGGCAUGUUUUCACUUGGAUCUACCUAACCUCAAACUUUGUAAUUUUUUGUGCAAGCCCAAUUUAAAUGAGGAAGCAGUGGUCUCUUAAUUAUCUUAAUCGAAUCAGUGAGAAUGAAAACACACCAACUUGGUAACUCAAAAAUGCUCAAUUUUCAUUAAAGUCAGUCAAAUUCAUAAAGGUCACCAAAGUUAACGCAUCUGUUAUUGUUCGGACCUUUGAAGUGCCCUCAAGUACUUGUUUCUUGGCACCAAAUAUAUUUUUUUUGGACUAGCUUCUUCACCUACUGUUCAGUUUUGUGUGUGUCUUGAUUAUUUUCAUUUUUUCGAGUUGGUGUGUUUUCGUUCUCACUGAUUCAAUUGUAAUUACUCAUUCGCCUUACUUGAUGGGCAGAAAUGAGAGCUGUUCUUUCCAUUUCCUUGACAAAGAAAUAAAGGGGGAAUGUCCAUUUAUUAGGCCAAAACCAGGACACCAGGCAGGAGACCACUAUUUUCUCUCGUCAAGCUUGCAGCCUGUGAGCCAUUGCAUCAGAAUUAUUGCCCUUAAAUCCUAAUUCUGUCGCUAAUAAUUCAAUACUCAUUUUAUUUUAGUGUUAAGUACUCAACAACCAGUGAAUCGUCCCUGCUUCUAUCGUUACAUAGUCUGUUAAAAUUGAACCAUGUGAGUUCCAUCCUCGAAGAGAUUUUACCGUCAAAUUUCGGAGGAGAGCAGCUAGUCCGCUUUUGAUGAAAGUGUGCCGAAACAGACAAAUCAAUUAAUCAUCACCCUAUGUUCCUUUUUGUGCCCUGUUAUGCCAGAUGCUUUUUUUAGUUUAGUACAUUUUCUCUUACCUUAUGAGCCGCACUGUCAUGCCGAAGAAGUACGCUAUAUGAACUUUCAAGUGUUGCAAAAUGUCUCCCAAUAAUGUAUUUAUUUUUGAAAAAAACUAGUAAACAUUUGCCUUGAAAUUUUCUGAUAUAUUGCAUGAAUCAAAUUCUUUGAGUUAAAAAAAGAGUAAUUUUCUCAAAAUUCAAAUACUAUCAGAAAGAAUUUUCCAAUACUCCAAUGAUCUUUUGGCAGCAUACCCCCCCCCCCUUUUCUCCUUUUGAUUGUAUGAAUUUAAACGCUUUUUAUGGGUCAAAUCUGAUCAAGUCCCAGAGAAUAUUUAUUUUGUAUUUAAAUACUGUAAAUUUUUUCUUUUUCCUUUGAUGCUUUCAAAUCGUGAAAUUUCCGUUUUUUUCUCUUAAAACUUUUCCCUAGUCCGCAUGAUUAGGUUUAGCCAACAUUAAAAAAUGCAUAAUUACGUUGUAAUCAAUCCAUGACUCUGUUGUUAUAUUUACCCACUGUAUCCGUUCUUUACAAUCAUCGCACCUAUCAAUCUCGAACUUUCACCCCACAAAUUUUUUUCUUUGUCAAGGAAGUAUUAUUCUUGUGGAAAAAAGUGUAUUAUUUUUUUUUUAGAAAGGAUAUUUUUCGUCGCUGGAAUCAAUAAAUCUUUGCAUAAUUUUGUAUGUUCUGACAUCUUUAUUUUACUGACUUAAUGGAAAAUAAAUAAAACUUUUGUUCGUAUUAAAUGACAA